UCAAGUCGGGCGGGCGUCUAGAAACAGGCAAACGGAUCAGGAAGGAACAGGCAAACUCGGAGGUCAAGGAACAGAACAGGUCAGGGACAGGUAAUCAGAAUACAAAAACGCUGGAAUAGAUCAAUCACUAGGACGAAAUAAACUGGCACUGCUGUCUUGUCUGAAGGGUGAAUAUAUACUGUCAAACGCAGGUGGAACAGGUGAGCAGUAAUGAGAACAGGGUGGAGUAACAACAGGUGUGAAAUGGGUGAACAGACCAGCUGCUGGCAAACUUCACUACCAAAGAGCAGAGUGCAUAUGCCAAAGCUGGUGCUGUAGCAGAGGAAGUGCUCUCUGCCAUCAGGACGGUGUACGCCUUCAGCGGCCAAAAGAAGGAGAUCGAGAGAUAUCACAAGGACUUGGAGGAUGCAAAAUCAAUGGGAAUAAGGAAGGCGAUCUCUGCCAACAUCGCCAUGGGGUUCACCUUUCUGAUUAUCUACUUUUCUUACGCUCUGGCCUUUUGGUACGGCAGCACCCUCAUCCUGAGCAAUGAGUACACCAUCGGAUCUGUGCUCACAGUGCUCUUUGUCGUCAUUAUUGGCGUGUUCGCAAUGGGGCAGACAUCUCCCAACAUCCAGGCAUUUGCUAGCGCCCGCGGAGCUGCCUAUAAGGUGUACAACAUCAUCGAUCAUAACCCAACCAUCGACAGCUAUUCAGAGACGGGCUAUAAGCCAGACGUCAUCAAAGGGAACAUAGAGUUCAAUGAUAUCCACUUCAGCUACCCCUCCAGGCCUGACGUCAAGAUACUAGACAACAUGUGUUUAAGUGUGACCAGUGGACAGACCAUGGCGUUGGUGGGCAGCAGUGGAUGUGGUAAAAGCACGACUAUCCAGCUGCUCCAGAGGUUCUACGACCCUCAGGAAGGAUCUGUUUCCAUCGAUGGGCACGACAUCCGCUCUCUUAAUGUGCGCUACCUGAGGGGAAUGAUCGGCGUGGUGAGCCAGGAGCCCAUCCUGUUCGCCACCACCAUCGCUGAGAACAUCCGCUACGGCCGACCCGACGUGACGGAGGAGGAGAUCGAAAAAGCUGCCAAGGAAGCCAAUGCUUACGACUUCAUCAUGAACCUUCCUGAUAAGUUUGAGACACUAGUCGGCGACCGAGGAACCCAGAUGAGCGGAGGACAGAAGCAGAGGAUUGCGAUCGCUCGAGCUUUGGUCCGAAAACCCAAAAUCCUGCUGUUGGACGAAGCCACAUCUGCCCUGGAUACUGAGAGUGAAACCAUCGUUCAAGCUGCACUGGAUAAGGUGCGACAGGGUCGGACCACUCUAAUCGUGGCUCACCGCCUCUCAACCAUCAGAAAUGCAGAUGUGAUUGCGGGCUUCCAGAAAGGCAAAGUUGUAGAGCUGGGGACUCACAGCGAGCUGAUGGAGAAGAAAGGAGUCUACCACACGCUGGUUACCAUGCAGACCUUCCAGAAAGCAGAUGAAGGGGAGGAUGAAGACAAUCUCUCGGCGGGUGAGAAAAGUCCCAUUCACAACAACGUCAUUGAGUCGCCGCUGCUGAGGAGGAAAUCUACCAGAGGCUCGUCAUUUGCAGCUUCAAUUGGAGAGAAGGGAGACAAAAAACAGGAAAAGGAGGACGAGGACAAAACAGAAGAGGAUGAGGACGUCCCCAUGGUGUCGCUCUUUAAGGUGCUGCGUCUCAACGCUUCAGAGUGGCCUUAUAUUCUGGUGGGGCUGAUCUGCGCCGCCAUAAACGGAGCCCUACAGCCUCUGUUUGCCAUCCUCUUCUCCAAGAUUAUCACUGUGUUUGCAGAGCCAGAUCAGACGGUUAUCAGGCAAAGAGCCAACUUCUUUUCCCUCAUGUUCGUCAUGAUGGGAGUUGUUUGCUUUUUCACCAUGUUUCUACAGGGAUUCUGUUUUGGAAAAUCUGGAGAGGUUCUCACCUUGAAGCUGAGGCUUGGGGCCUUCAAGUCCAUGUUGAGACAGGAUCUCGGUUGGUUUGACAGCCCCAAAAACAGUGUCGGUGCGCUUACUACCAGGCUGGCUACAGACGCAGCCCAAGUUCAGGGGGCCUCAGGGGUACGCCUGGCAACAUUCGCCCAGAACAUUGCCAACCUCGGCACCGGUGUGAUCCUGGCCUUCGUGUACGGCUGGGAGCUGACUCUGCUGAUUCUGGCCGUGGUGCCCGUCAUUGCUUUGGCCGGAGCCGUGCAGAUGAAAAUGCUCACGGGGCAUGCAGCAGAAGAUAAGAAGGAGCUGGAGAAGGCUGGGAAGAUUGCAACAGAGGCCAUAGAGAACAUUCGUACUGUCGCCUCUCUCACCAGAGAACCAAAAUUUGAGUCUUUAUAUCAGGAAAAUCUCGUAGUUCCAUAUAAGAACUCUCAGAAAAUGGCCCAUGUGUACGGCUUCACCUUCUCCUUCUCCCAGGCUAUGAUCCACUUUGCCUACGCGGCCUGUUUCCGUUUCGGAGCCUGGCUCAUUGUGGAGGGCAGGAUGGAGGUGGAGGCAGUAUUCCUCGUAAUCUCUGCCGUCCUGUUCGGCGCCUUGGCACUCGGAGAGGCCAACUCCUUCGCUCCAAACUACGCCAAGGCCAAAAUGUCUGCCUCCCACCUCAUGAUGCUGUUGAACAAGGAGCCCGAGAUCGACAAUUUGUCCGAGCGGGGCGAGUCGCCUGAUAUGUUUGACGGCAACGUGAGCUUCGAGGACGUGAAGUUUAACUAUCCAUCGCGGCCGGACGUGCCCAUCCUGCGGGGCCUGAAUCUGAGCGUGAAGAAGGGGGAGACUCUGGCCCUGGUGGGGAGCAGCGGCUGUGGAAAGAGCACCACCAUCCAGCUGCUGGAGAGGUUCUACGACCCCAGAGACGGCAGAGUGGUGAUGGACAGCAUCGACGUCAAACGGCUGAACAUCCACUGGCUCAGGUCUCAGAUCGGCAUCGUGUCCCAGGAGCCAGUGCUGUUCGACUGCACGCUGGCGGAGAACAUCGCCUACGGGGACAACAGCCGCAGCGUCACCAUGGAGGAGAUCGAGGCCGCAGCCAAAGCUGCCAACAUUCAUAACUUCAUAAACGAACUACCUCAGAAGUACAACACGCAGGCAGGCGAUAAGGGAACACAGCUGUCUGGCGGUCAGAAGCAGCGGAUAGCCAUCGCCCGGGCCAUCCUCCGCAACCCCAAAGUGCUGCUUCUGGACGAGGCUACCUCUGCUUUGGACACAGAGAGCGAGAAGGUGGUGCAGGACGCCCUGGACCAGGCCAGCAAAGGCAGGACGUGCAUCGUCGUGGCCCACCGCCUGUCCACCAUCCGCAACGCCGACCGCAUCGCCGUCUUCCAGGGAGGCGUGGUGGUCGAACAGGGGACGCAUCAGCAGCUGCUGGCAAAGAAGGGAGUCUACCACAUGCUGGUGACGACACAACUGGGCCACGGGACGGAGUGAGAGGUGGCUGGGAGCGACUCUCCGGCACUUUCAGAAGCACUUUGUGCCUUCAGAUUGAUGCACUUACACAGAUCCGUGCAAAACAACUUCAGUGGAGCAGCUGAGACUGAAACAAGCUUGCUGCGCCUUGUGAGUUAGGCUGUUAUCGGUUGUACUGCUGUGCUCUUAAACUGCUGUUGUCAGUUUAUGAUAUUUUCACAGAGGGAGGAAAAAGCUUGCCUUGUUAAAGUAGAAAUAACUGGAUUGUACUUGUCUUUUUCUCUCAUGAGGGGCAAAUUUUUUACUGGAAAUCAAAUUUUUCUUCUGCUUUCAACAAUUAAAAUGAACUUAAACAACGUUCGUGGAACCGUUCAUAUGCAUUAACUGAACUGCUUUAUGAAACACCUUCUCUCCGUAGGUUUCUACUUCAGGCUCCUUACACAGAGGAGUGCUUACUUUGCUUUUUUUUAAUGUAUUUCCUGUUCUCCAUCAUUAAUGCCCUGAUUUUUGUAAGUCAACCCUUUUUUCCAGCUGUAGUUCAAGGUUUAUAUUUCUGUGUUGACCUGUUUUGAUCCUUAGAUACACACUGCAUAGGACCAAGCGGCACACAUUGAAGCCGCUUUAAAUACCGCACACCUCACAAUCCUCUCUACAGCCACUUUGAGAUGAUCAUUAUUUUUUUUUAAAUGAUUCAUGCUUUUCACUGUAGUGAAAGUUAAAAAUAUAUUUUCUUAACAUGUUCUCCUCGCCCCUGCCACGGCUGAGGCAAAAGAUCUCAUAUAAAGGUGUACAUUUUACAAAUGAUUUUUAGAUUUUUUUUUAAAAAAAAUCAAAAAAUGCUUAAUAGCAGAUAUUUGUUACACGAGAUGAAGAGUAGUAAUAGAUGGGAUAAUUUUGGAGAAAGUGGUCCAUAUCGUUAUCCCUUCAUUUUAACGACCAUAUAGAGUGUCUGGUCGUUUCAGCUGCUGUUAUUUUGUGGGUUAUAAGUUAAGAUUGGGGUCCACUGCUCUAAAGUUUGGGUGUCUUUUUAAUCAAUGUUGUUUAAAAAUGUGAAUAUAAACUGAAAUGUGAGUAAUAGCUGAUAUAAGUCCAACAUGUUGCACUGAAUAUAUUUUUAGAAUUAUACCUCUGUGUAGGACCUAUACUUGCCUGUUCAUUUUAGGGUGGAUUGCCUUUAAACAAUAUCUGAUCUCUUAUGCAUCUUAAAGUGUAAUAUAAAGGCAAAGUAUGCCUUAAAUACUGGGGCCACUGAUGCAGAGUUGAUAUUCAAAAGUAAAGGUAUCUGUAUUAGUGAUAGUUCAGUGAUAUUUUUGGGAGAAUGAGCAACAAUGUGUGAUAU